CUCUUCGCGAUGCGUAACGUCAUAUGGUUUCCUGCCCCUUUCCCCUUUCGUCAACAAACACUGAUGAUGUUGGCCAGUUCUUCGCCACGCUAGCCAGAAACAUGCGAACCGAGUACAUUACGUCCCUGCACACUUACUGUCUCUGACCAUCGACAGUUGCUCUGUGUAUCAGUUUCGUGAUGAGUACUUCUGCGCCGUUCAGAUCGAUUGCGCCGGGCUCGUCGCUGGCUUUAGCUAAUGAUGACAGCACGUCAACUGGCCGCAGAAGGAGUCUUGUGCCGAGGUGGAAGAAGAGAGUAUCGACAGCGUGUCUGGCAUGCAAGAAGUCGAAACGAAAGUGCUCAGGAACCGCUCCAUGCGAGAACUGUCGUGCACUACACCGUGAAUGCAUCUUCGAUGAAUCUCUCGACCAGCGCCGCCGCGUUGCCGCCAAACGCACCGCCGAAGAACUCGAAUACCACCGGGACAUGCUCAACGAUCUCUUCAAAGUAAUCCGGUCCGCUAGUGAGCCGCAAGCCCAGAAACUCCUCGAACUAAUCCGCAACGACGCGACACCAGAAGAAAUCCGGCUAUUCAUCGACGAAAUCCUUGCGGAGCUCCAAGCCAUCGAACCAAAUAGUAAAGAGAAGCAAGAGACAGCGGCACAGCUAAAGGCGCUUCGCAGCCGAGCGAAUAUGCAGGGCUCGGCACCGUCCUUUCAGCGCAAGGUUAUGGAUGUUAACUUUCUAUGUGAUAACCCGCCGAUUCAGGUACCGGCGAAACCCUGGACGACGGUCAGUGAUGAUGAUGCGUUUGUUUCGCAUUUGAUAUCGCUAUAUUUCACCUGGGAUUAUCCGUUUUAUGCGUUUCUCGAUCGGGACGUGUUGAUUAAGCACAUGCGAAGAGGGGAGCGGGAAUCGGAGUUUUGUUCGCCUUUUUUGGUUAAUGCGUUGCUUGCACAUGCUUGUCAUUUCUCGGAGUAUUCGGAAGCAUAUGGUGAGCCCGGCGAUGUGACUACCAAAGGACAGAAAUUCCUGCAAGAGGCCGAAUGGCACUAUAGCCACGAAGCUGAUCAGUUGAAGCUUACGACGUUGCAAGGGACGAUGAUUCUUUAUGAACGAUACUCGAUCUCCGGACAAGACGACUUGGGCUAUACCAUGUUGAAAAAGGCAAUCGAUGUGGCUGUACAAAUGGGAUAUGUAGAUGAGGAGGAGAGAGAAGUGACUGAAAGGGACCUAUGUGGAUAUUCUGAUGAUUUAGUGGCGUCUUUAACAAAAUCGAUUUGGGGGCUUUUCCAAGUCGAUACGGUCUCGCAUACCGGCUUCCUCAAACCAAGUCGCAUAAGACAUGUGUACCUAAGCAGACUUCCACGUCGAUCUGUACAAGAGGAUUCAGAGCCCUGGACACCGUAUCCUGCUCAGAAACUUUCUCGUCCGGCAUAUUUCGUUACAUACUUUGACGAAGCCUGCUCACUUAGUGAGAUUUCGAGGGAUAUCUCAAACACGCUUUUCACAGAUGAUGAAACUCUUGAUGACGACAAACACCAACUUUCUCAGACUGUUGAGUUGCUGUAUUGGAGGCUGAAAACCUGGCAUGAGAGUUUGCCUGUGGAGUUCAAUCAGGCUCAGAAACCGGCGCCGCAUAUCCUCUUACUUCAUAUACGAUACUACACCAUACUCAUCAACAUGUUCAACUGCCCGCGCGGCCACAAUCACCAGUCCAAAUCCGUCGACGUCAAAACACCCGUGAUGAGCGAAGGCGAAGGCGACAAAAAUUCCAUCGCCAUCUCCUCUGCGCGUGCAAUCGCGAAACUCGUCAGCAUCCAUCAAAAGGAAUACGGGAUGAGCCGAUCGCACAUUUUCACGCUGUACGCGGUGAAUCUCGCGCUCUUCAUUCUUCUCGACCGCGGCGCUUUUGAUAUCUCCGAUCCAGACUGUAUCGCACUCACCUCUGCGUUUGCGGUCAUCACCACUCGAUCGACCCUAGGCCAUAGAGUCCUGUCGAUCUUCCGACACUCGAUACGCAAGACAACCAAAGACGCGAGCCGCUGGACAGAGCUACCAGAAGGUCUGCGCGAGAUCCUGGAAGAGGAGGAUUCGACGUUCUCAGACUCAGAGCUCGAAGAGCCUGAAGCUACGGCACCUAGCCGCAGUGCCUCGUCUUCGAGUGGCACUGGCGGCGCCAUCACUGACGAGGAUAUGCCCCUGUCGCCACUUGGUCUGAAACGACCACCGCGUUUAUCGCAAUCAUCAAAAACACACGGCCGGAAGGAUAGCGGGAGUGGCGGAAGCGGAGGAUUGUGUGAGAUGCUAUGUCGUUAUGAAGUUAUGAGUUUGGGCAGAGACGAGCAUGUUCGGAGGAAUAGUAAAACUAGUUCGAAGGGCGGGGAGUAGUGGUUGGUUUCCUUCAAGUGUUGGAUUUAUGCAUCGUUCUUUAUAUCCGGAUAAAUUGACCCAAAUGACGAUUGCUUCUACACUUAUCCGCGGCGGUUUUCCGCAACAGUCAAGAUGUCUAUCUGCGUUCUAACUAAUCUAAUCUUGAUCUAGACACUCGCGAUACAUGUAACUAGACAAAUUAACU